GUCUCCGUUCCCAUUGGCAACGCGCGGCUUCUAAACAACCUCCGUUCCUCAGGCCCCGGUGCCGGCCUCCCUGUUUCCUGUCGGAUCCGCCGCCACCAUGGCAGAGUUGGGCCUAAAUGAGCACCAUCAAAAUGAGGUCAUUAAUUACAUGCGUUUUGCUCGUUCAAAAAGAGGCUUGAGACUUAAAACGGUAGAUUCCUGCUUUCAGGACCUCAAGGACAGCAGGCUGGUGGAGGAGACUUUCACCAUUGAUGAGGUUUCAGAAGUCCUAAAUGGGCUGCAGGCUGUGGUACACAGUGAGGUGGAGUCCGAGCUCAUCAAUACAGCUUACACCAAUGUCCUGCUCCUACGGCAGCUGUUCUCCCAAGCUGAGAAGUGGUAUCUAAAGCUACAGACAGACAUCUCUGAACUUGAAAACAGAGAAUUAUUAGAACAAGUUGCUGAAUUUGAAAAGGCAGAAUUUGUAUCUUCAAGUAAAAAGCCCAUCAUAGAUAUCACAAAGCCUAAACUUGUUCCAAUUAAUGAAGGUGGAACUACAGAGCUCCUAAACAAGGAAAUUUUAAGACUUCAACAAGAGAAUGAAAAACUAAAGUCAAGGCUGAAGACCAUUGAAAUACAGGCUGUAAAUGCUCUGGAUGAGAAGUCAAAAUUGGAAAGAGUACUUCAAGAUUUACAGCUCGAUCAAGAAAACCAACAGGAUUUGCUAAAGGCCCAAGACUUGGAUGACUUGGAAAAUACAGUUGCAACUCUUAGGAGUGAAUUUCAGAAGACACUUAAUGACAAGACAGAAAACCAAAAAUCUUUGGAAGAGAACCUAGCAGCAGCCAAACAUGACCUCCUCAGAGUACAGGAGCAGCUGAGCAUGGCUGAAAAGGAGUUAGAGAAGAAAUUUCAACAAACAGCAGCUUAUCGAAACAUGAAAGAGAUUCUCACCAAAAAGAAUGAUCAAAUCAAAGACCUACGGAAAAGACUGGCAAAAUAUGAAUCUGAAGAUUAAAGACUGGAGAUUUUGUCUAGAACCUGCCACACAUGAACAUACAAGCUAUCUCCAUUCACCUCAGGCAUGUAUUUAGAAGCAUUUUGUCAUAUUCUGUUCUUUUUCCAAUGUUUAGGCUUUCCUUGUAAUAUUAGAACUAUCAUUCUUAUCUUCAGUUCUGUAAUUGCGAAGAGAAAAAAAAUGUAAUGAUUCUUUUCUAUUGUCCCAAAUACGCCUCUGUCAUAUGCUCCAGAGCCUCCAUGCAAGUACAGUGAGAUUUCUUCAUGGUAGACAGCAGUUUAGAGUGGGAAGAAGAGCCAUCCUUUUGCGUUAGUGAGUGAACUUUUUAAUGUUAGAGAAGCUGGUAACAUCUAUACUUGUACAGUCCCUAAGUAUAAAGAUAAAUAGUAAAGUUAUUAAUAUUUUCAAAUAAACUUUUAUUUUAAUAACGAAAUCUUAAUUUAUCUAAUCAUCAAAAUGUAUAAACUCAUGGAAAAUAUGUUUACUUUCCACUCUAGUCAACAUUUCUAAUCAGUUGUAAGGGAGAAUAAGCUGCACCUUGAACCUCAGCUAACCUUUGCAUCUCUCCGUCAUGAAUGCUGCUUAUUAUAGGCAGACGUUUUUUGCGUCCUUAUUUACCAUUGGUCUGUGUUAUGAACAGAGAAGUCAGAUUCAUCGUAUACUUUCACAGUUUAAAAAGCAGAUGGACUCUGAGUACGUGUAACCUUUAGAAUUAUUUGCAGAAUAUCCUUUUAGCUUAUAUGUGAAUUAGAAUUCUUUCAAACUUUGACUCAACAUAAAGGCACUAAGUUCCAGGUUGAACUUUGGUUUGUAUGUGUAUAGAAAAAUGGCAUUUUCAAGAGAUUUUAAUAUCUCCAUUGAUGUACUUUUCCUCGGGUGACCAUAUAUAAAGUAUCGGAAACCAGACAUGACGCCUACAAUGUGUGGUGCGGUGAUGUGGUAUGAGAAUAAAUAAAGACCACAAGGCAGGUAAAACUCAGAAAGAAAGCAUUUAACCGUCACGUGUUAACAUGGAGGAAGUGUUCUAUUUCUCAAAGCAAACAUGUCACAUCCUGUGUGAACACUCUAAGAGAGACUUUUCCAUCUCCACCAAUAGGGAAUUUAUUCCCAGAGAAGAGUACAUUGACCAGAGAGUACAUCUUUAUUAUUUUCACUCACACACUUCAUAUUAGCUUUGACUAUACUGUGAGACUUUUGUAACUUUGUUAAAUACUAAACGAACAAAUAAUAAUGAAGUGAUUUUUCCCUUAAAAAAAAAAAAGCUGGGAAGGCAAUCUUAGGAUGAUAAAUGAACCUGAAAGGGAAGAGAGAAAAAUAUAUAAAAACAAAGCAACAUUUCCUACACAUUUUUUUUCAUCCAUUUGUUUGCAGUUGGACCGCUCUUCAGUUUCACGUAGGGCUUGCAUUGAGGAUGCACUUUCACCCUGUGUUUCUUUAGCCCAACAUAAUUCCCUCUCUGAAAUUCCAUUUGUGGACCAGGAUGUUUUGAAUAAGUCAGAAACCAAACCUUGUAACUAAGUGGAAAAUGUGUCUGAGAAAUGGUUUAAUUGUAUUCUCCCUCCACCUUUCUCAGUUGAAGGCCAGGAAGAAAAGACUUGGUAAGACACUGCACCACAUGUAAUACAUUGCUGGUUAGAAUUUUGAUUUGUUUUGUUGGUGGUGGCUUUGAAAUAUUCUGUGUAGUAUGUUAUACUUGUUGAAUAAUAAAUUCAAAAGUAUUUCUGAAACCUUAAAAACUGUUAAGUAGUAAGGUAAACAGAUGGGUUGCAUAACCAUUGUGAUGCCUGUCUUCUACAGCAUGUACUGCGUAAUCACUGUGCCCCUGUCUCGUACCUGUCUCGUGUGGCACUGAUUCUCCUUUUUUCCACUGUUGUGCUUUGUUUUUAAACUCAAACCUCAGCAAAAUUUCACCUGGUUUCCCAGUUUUAAGAUUUACUGAAUCAUUUAACUGAAAAGGCCUGUUUAGUCUAUAUAUUUUGGCUCUCUAGGAAACUGCUUCGAGCCCUAAGUGAGCGGAUAGUGUCCAGGCAACUGUGGACUGUCUGCUGGUAAACCAUCUUAAUGACACUCUUGGCCAGGGUGCAGCACUUAACCUACUAUGCACAGGGCUCUGGGAUCAGAACCCACACAAUAAAAUAAAAACAACUAAAGAAGAUGUGGCUUUGAUUUAACUUUAAAUUGAAGCUUUUGCAAUUAUGAUUGAGACAUUUUGUUCACAAAAAUAAAAUGCAAAGGGUUUUGUUAUUAAUGCCUUCAAUUUUGUUAUUAAUAUCAAUUUAAAUGGUUAUUUGCUCUCAUCUUACAUGUGUAUCUGUCUGUGUUGAAUAUAUAUUUAAUCAUUUGUUUAUGUCUUAUAAAUCUUAUAUAGAAUAUUUUGCUCUUUUAAAUGUGUAAUAAUACUUGGUAAAGCCUUUACUAUCUAUUAUUUCCACUUUGAUAAACUGAAUGAGAUUCUUAGAUAUCUUUAUAAUUAAAUGUUUGCAUUUUUAAUACAUUAGAUUAUAAAACUUUGGUAUUGUUUACCCUCUGGUUAUGCAUAAGUGCCUGUGUCCUGAGCUUUGCUGUUAGAAAUUUAAGACAUGAUUUAUCUCAUAUAAUCAAGUCUUUGAAGAUAAUUCCAUCUCAGCAAGCUAAACCACCAUCAAAGAAACAAAACAAACAAAAACCAUUAAAUAUUUCCUGAAGGGAAAUCAUAAAGAAAGGUAUUAGGAUGGCCUUGAUAUCUUUCAUAUUGCCACUAGGUCAGCCAUUAAAGGUACCACAAAAUCACCUGUUUAUGUGAAUUAAUGAAAAUAUAGUCAGAGCUGAAGAGCUGGCUCACUAGUUAAAAGCACAUAGUUAUCUUGCAGAGAGUCUAUGGCAUAGAGUUGAAACCUAAUUCCAGGCUCCUACUUGAUGGCUCACAACCAUCUGAAACUCUAGUCCCAAGGGAUCUGACACCUUCUUCUGACUUCUGCAAGCACCGGGGCUCAUGUGGUGCUAAGACAUACAUUUAUGCAAAACACUCAUACACAUAAAAUAAAUAAAUCAAAUCAAUAGAAAGAAAGGAAAGAACAGGAGGAAGGAAAGAAGGAAGGAAGGAAGGAAAGGGAAAAAAGGGAAAAGGGGGGGAAAGGGGGAAGGGGAGAGGGAGAUGUAUCAAUCUCUGUUUUCAUUUCUCACUGUGGCCUUGGAAAACAAACAAGCUUAUUAGGAUUACUGUACAUCCAUGCUGAGGGCUUAAGGCACUCUUCCUUAAGAGUGAAGUGCAUAGGAUCUGCUGCAUCUUGGAAACCUCAAGACUUCCCUGUUGCAUUGCAUGAAAUUAUCAGUCAUCCAUCUCAGCUUUGCUUUAAAUCCUGGAAGUAUGUAGGUGACUGAUUUGGGACAUAUAGAUGCUAUAUGUGCUUUAUUUCUUCCUCUCGCUGUAUUACACUUGCUAGGAUUUCUAGUUAACUAGAAAUGGUUGUAGAAGACAUUCUUGUUUCUUUUGCGGUCUUGGGGGAAAUGCUUUAAAAUUUUAAUAAGAAUUAUAUGUUCAAUAUUCUAUUAUCAGAUAAGGAAGUUCUUACUUUGCUAAAACCUACAAACAGGUGUUAAAUUUUUCCAAAAUUCUUUUUCUGCAUUUACUGAAAUGAUAAUGCUUUUUUUUUUUUUUUUCUUUUUAAAGACAAGAGUCAUACUAUAUAGCCCAGGCUGUCUUUGAAAUCUUGCUUUUGAUGCCUUCAUUUCCUGGGCACAUUUUAUUUUUUUAAAUGUUAAACUAUCCUCAGUUGUUAACAGUACUGCCCUUAGCCAUAGCAGUAUGUGGGUGCUAUAGGAGAGUGGCUCUGCCUACUAGUAGGUUUUUCAGGCAAGUAUUAAUCUGUUGCUAAUCUUAGAUUUGGAAGGAUGCCUUCUGAUUCUCCCAAAGCAUAGAAGUAUGGGAAGCUAUCUGAAGCCAUCUCCCACUCAUAUCCUUUCCUCUUGGGAGGCUUCCAAUGUGCUCAGAAUAGAUUGGCGUGUAAAAUAUAAAAAUACUUACUAUGAGGCCUAGCCUUGGUCUCUCAGUGAAACAGCAUCUCACAACUGUUGCUGUUGUUAUCCUGCCUGUUUGGAUGAGCUAUUUUCCUUUUGGAUAUAUGGGGGAGGCCCAAGAAGCUGGCACCUUCGGCUUACUCUCUUUUGUUAUUGAUGUAAGUAAUAAACUGCCUGACUCUAAAAACAGCUCAUUGCAUCUUUUACCAUCUGUCUUAGUCUGACCUCGAUCUCACUUUGGCUGCAGCUGUAUAUGUAGUUACCUCUCAGGAACUAAGGAAUACAACCUACAACUGCUACAGUAGCAAUUGACAGCCAGCCUUCUGCCAUCUGCACUUUGAGAGCUGUGCAGCUGAAGAAAAUGCCUACCCAAGUUUAUGCUCCCUUUGGGAAGAAAGGAAAAGGAGACUGUAGCCAACAGCAGUCACCCCAGAUAUAAAAAUGUUCUGUCAGGCACAGUGUGUGUUCUCUUCCCAGGGUCUAUAGCCGUUCUGUUGCACCUGAGUGAGACUCCUGAUGAUGCCCUUCCAGUUGCCCUCAGGCUGCCAUCACCAAAGCUGAAGCUCACAAGUGAUGCCCAGCAUUUAUAUGCCCCAGCCUGUCUACCCCUGGAUUCUGACCUCAGUUAUGAUAUGUUAUAGAUUGCUGGGUCUUAAGUUUUGCAAUAUUCAUGUCAAAACUGGUCUGGAAUUUUCCUUCCUUGGUAAACAUCUCUUGAAAGCUGUCAACAAUGUUUCUGAGACCAUAAAUGAUUAACUUUAAAAAACAAAACAAAAACAACAACAAAAUAAUGUUUGAUCUCUGAUUAUAUUCAGCGAAAGUUUUAAAUACUUGAACCAGCAUUUAUAAGUGCAGUGAUCUGAAGGAAGCCCAUUUUGAAGAAAAGGCAGUAGAGAGGAAAGAGUAGGAGUGAGGUAGUGGGAUAAUGAGCAACUGUGUCUGUAUCUCUUAGGACAUCUCCCAACAACCCAGCAGAGGGUUUGCAUGACUCAGGUUGCUGCUGUUUGUCCUGGGGUUUCUGCAGCAAUGGAGGAGUGUCUUCAAAGUGUACGGUGUGAAUUCAGUUAUCAGUGUUGUCUUGUAUAAAGUUCUCUAUAGUCAGCAACUAUCUGCUGUUUUUGGUUUUACAUCUUUUCCUUAUGCUCUAAGUUCUUAACACAUAGUUUUGGACCUCAAAAUAACAUUUUAGAGUUAUUCUAGGCUCAAUAGUUUUUGCUUUAGAUAAUUAUUACAUUUUCCUAAAUUUGUAAUUGCUUUAUUCUGUCAGAUCUUUUAAAUAAUAUAUAUUCAUUUUUAAGGGAAUAUCUGAUGAGUUUUGGUAAAUGUGAAUCUCCAUGUGACCUCUGCCACAAUUGAGAAAGGGGAUAUUUUAUCCUUUUCAGCCCCUUGUAUCACUCUUCCUGAUCUGGUACCUGAGCAACCGCUGAUCUGCUUUUUCUCUUGACAUCUUAAUGUACCUUUUUAAAAAUUCAUAUGAUAGAAUCAUAGCCUAAUUGUUAAAUGUACCUUCUUUCACUCAACAAAAUGUAUUUAAUAUUUAAGAUCUGUCCUUGUCUGUGUGGAUACUAGCAGUAUAUUCCUUCAAUUGUUGAGAAGUUCCCUGUAGUAUGGUCUAUCAUAGUUUGUUUAUUCAACCAACUCUCAAGAAUAUUUUCAAUAAAAUUUACUAAAUCUCAUACACAAAA